UGCAACGCUGCGGCCGAGCCCGCAGCGGGCCGCCUCAGGCAGCCCCACCGGGCCUCCGGGUCCGUAGCUGCGGGGACCAUGGCGCUGAAGCGGAUCCAGAAGGAACUGACUGAUCUGCAGAGGGAUCCUCCUGCUCAGUGUUCUGCAGGACCUGUGGGUGAUGAUUUGUUCCACUGGCAGGCCACCAUCAUGGGCCCGAAUGAAAGUCCUUACCAAGGAGGUGUUUUCUUCUUGACCAUCCACUUUCCUACAGAUUACCCUUUCAAGCCCCCAAAGGUUGCUUUCACGACCAAAAUAUAUCACCCCAAUAUCAACAGCAAUGGCAGCAUAUGCCUGGACAUCCUGCGGUCGCAGUGGUCUCCAGCACUGACUGUGUCCAAAGUUCUCUUGUCCAUCUGCUCUCUGCUCUGCGACCCCAACCCUGAUGACCCUCUGGUACCAGAAAUAGCCCACAUCUACAAGGCUGAUCAAGAGAAGUACAACAGACUAGCAAGAGAGUGGACACAGAAAUAUGCUAUGUAAGUGCCUCGAAGGAUGCAUGGGAGACUUUGCCCAAAAGUACCUCACCAGGCACAGCGGUCUUUCUGUGAAGCAUGGCAGUGUUGGCUGGGCCACCUACAGCAUCAUCUAUUCUUCCCAUACUUGUUGGCAACCCACUUUCUGGCUGCAGCACAUUGGUGCCACUCUCAGCCAUUGUGGCUUUGACGGUAUCAUGUCUUUAAUGCCAAAUCAACAGCCAUUGUUAUUAUUUCCUGUAGCCUCCUGGUUGCACUGAAAUCGGUCUUUCUGCCCCAGCUCUGUUCAUCUGUGAAGGACCAGGCCCUGGGCACCUCCCCUGUCCAGCUCAAGUAGAAUGGCUGCUCAAUGUAGCACCACACAGGGGCCCAGCCUGGCCCCUCCCCACGUACCCUUUGCCUUUACAACUCAGUGCUGUCCUGAGCGUUCCUCAUAUCCUGUCUGCCACAGAACCAGGUCCUGAGGAGUCUGAAAACAUCUUGGAGGCUCCUGAAAGUUGGAACACCCCUGGAAAGCAGAGGCCUCUUUCUGCACUUGUGCUGACUUCCACCCUCUGCAGCACUGCACACUCCACUUCUCACCUCACAACAAGAAACAGCCAGUGGCAGAUGUCAGGAUAUAAAGCACAGAACAUCUCAGGAGAGAUGACUUCUUUUUCAGAAUCAAGAGUAGAAGUAUGGAGCCUGGAAAGUUUUGGAUUCUGCUUUUCUGUAUGAGGUUUCUCUCAACCCCACCUCCUCCCACCAGGAGCCUACUUGAAAUCCUAGUAGAAGCCAUUCACAGACUAGAACACAAGGGACUAAAUGUAAAUAAAAAAGAGAUCUCCCAUAACUCUAAAUGGUAAUA